AUGACUGACUUUUUUAUUGCAAAUAAAGAAUAUACCUCCAACGCAUUUAAAAUUAAUUUUCAAAUUGACAAGGACUAUUAUUCUUUUAUAAAUAAUUAUACUCAAGUUGUUUAUGGUCAUUCAGUAAAAGCUGGGUGUUAUGUAUCAAGAAAUGUUAUUACCGAAACUAAAGGAAAUAAGACCCAUCUUAGGUAUGGUCAAUGUCUUGAACUUACUGGUCCUACAAAAAUUCCAGUACGUUGUACUAUUAUAGGAACAUUUACUGGAACAAACCCAUUAAUGCCUCAAUACGUUUAUGAUACACUUAUUAUUUUACCAGAAGGAUUAUAUAACACCGUUGCUUUACCAACCAAAAAUAUGGCUGUUAAAAUUUCUCAAGUAACAAUGAGAGAAGUUGAUUGUGUGUUUUCAACAUACCCAUCAUUAUAUGUUCAUUCUGUUUCUAAUUCAAUGGCUAAUGUUACAUUGAUUAAUACAAAUAAAAUUAUUGAUGGAAUUCAAAUAGGAAAUACUAUUUAUAACAAUGACAAAUGGGGAUUUUAUUUAAUUCCAACAACAUCAGAUACAAUUUCUCUAAUUAGUAUAUAUUCUGAAAUUGUUGUAAUUAAUAAUAUUAAAUUUAAACAGUCUUUUAUUUAUCAAUCUGAUUCUAAAUUUCCUUCUAAUAUAAGAGAACACUGUGAAUUUAAACCUAUUACUUCGUUGUAUGAUGAAACUAGUUCAUCAGUUAUACACCCAUUAUUAAAAGGUUAUUUUAUGCAAGUAAAUAGUGAUUGGUCUUUUAUAAAUCAUUAUACAAACCCAGUGUUUUCAAGUGUAAGUGACCAUUUAACAACAGUUUUUGCUUUUCAAUCUCCAAUUCAACAAUUUAAUCACUUUAGUUAUUUUGAAUGGCAGGCAAUUGUAUCAGGAACUUUUGAAUUUAAAUUUGCUAAUACUGGAUUGGGUGAUUUAGGAAAUCCGGUUGCAAAAGAUGUAGUUUUAAGUUGUAAUGUUUCGCAAACGACUCAACUAAAACAAAACUAUAAUAGUACCCAUACUUUAUAUACAAUUAAAAUAUUUUCAAAUCCACGUUGUACUACUUAUGGAAAUGGAAUGACAAUAACCUUUUUUAAUACUAAUAACACUGUAUUUACAACAAAGCAUGCAAAGUAUGUUUUAAAAAGUUCAAAUCAAACAGCUUGUACUUCAAAAGAUGCUUAUUGCAAUGGAAUGGAAUGUGUACCACCAAAUGUAAAUACUAGCCAAUGUGGAUUAUAUUGUGGUGUUUGUAGAGUUGGUUAUUCAUGUUCUGAAUUAGGUAAAUGUGUUAAAGUUGUAUCUUUAAAUACAAGAAAUUCUUCCACAUCACAUCUCUUCUUUAUAGAAUUAUUGAUGAUAAUUAUUCUCUUAUUCUAA